CCCCAUUCACAGGACAACUCUUACCUGCCCAGCCACCACCCCAGCCAACAGCUCAGCCGGCUGCUCCUUCCUGGGCUCCACGCCCAGAGCUGCUUCCCGAAGGUGCAGCCUGCAAGGCAUCGCAGGGGCCCCGCGCUACUGCCCUGCUCCCUCAACGUCCCAGGUCCCCUCCCCCAGUGCUGAUCAUUAACCAGGAGGCCGUAUAAGGAGCUAGCGGCCCUGGUGAGAGGGAGGGACACAACGCUGCCACCAUGGACAGUAGCACCUGGAGCCCCACGACCACUGCGGUCACCUGGCCUGUUGAGUCCCACGAGCUCAUUCGCAAUGCAGCCGACAUCUCUGUCAUCGUUAUCUACUUCGUGGUGGUGAUGGCCGUCGGACUGUGGGCUAUGUUUUCCACCAAUCGUGGAACUGUUGGAGGCUUCUUCCUGGCAGGCCGAAGUAUGGUGUGGUGGCCGAUUGGAGCCUCCCUCUUCGCUAGUAACAUUGGAAGUGGCCACUUUGUGGGGCUGGCCGGGACCGGAGCAGCUUCAGGCAUCGCCACUGGAGGCUUUGAAUGGAAUGCCCUGGUUUUGGUGGUUGUGCUGGGCUGGCUGUUUGUCCCCAUCUAUAUUAAGGCUGGGGUGGUGACGAUGCCAGAGUACCUGCGGAAGCGGUUUGGAGGCCAGCGGAUCCAGAUCUACCUUUCCAUUCUGUCCCUGCUGCUCUAUAUUUUCACCAAGAUCUCGGCAGACAUCUUCGGGGCCAUAUUCAUCAAUCUGGCCUUAGGCCUGAAUCUGUAUUUGGCUAUCUUUCUCUUAUUGGCAAUUACUGCCCUUUAUACAAUUACAGGGGGCCUGGCGGCAGUGAUUUACACGGACACCUUGCAGACGGUGAUCAUGCUGGUGGGGUCUUUAAUCCUGACUGGGUUUGCUUUUCACGAAGUGGGAGGCUAUGACGCCUUCAUGGAAAAGUACAUGAAAGCCAUUCCAACCGUGGUUUCUGAUGGCAACACCACCUUUCAGGAAAAGUGCUACACUCCGAGGGCCGACUCAUUCCACCUCUUCCGAGAUCCCCUCACGGGAGACCUCCCGUGGCCUGGGCUCAUCUUUGGGAUGUCCAUCCUUGCCCUGUGGUACUGGUGCACAGAUCAGGUCAUUGUGCAGCGCUGCCUCUCAGCCAAGAAUAUGUCUCACGUGAAGGCUGGCUGCACCCUGUGUGGGUACCUAAAGGUUCUGCCCAUGUUCAUUAUGGUGAUGCCAGGAAUGAUCAGCCGCAUUCUGUACACAGACAAAAUUGCCUGUGUCGUCCCCUCAGAAUGUGAGAAAUAUUGCGGUACCAAGGUUGGCUGUACCAACAUCGCCUAUCCAACCUUAGUGAUGGAGCUCAUGCCCAAUGGACUGCGAGGCCUGAUGCUGUCAGUCAUGCUGGCCUCCCUCAUGAGCUCCCUGACAUCCAUCUUCAACAGCGCCAGCACCCUCUUCACCAUGGACAUCUACACCAAGGUCCGCAAGAGAGCAUCUGAGAAAGAGCUCAUGAUUGCCGGAAGGUUGUUUAUCCUGGUGCUGAUCGGCAUCAGCAUCGCCUGGGUGCCCAUUGUGCAGUCAGCACAAAGUGGGCAACUCUUCGAUUACAUGCAGUCCAUCACCAGUUACCUGGGACCACCCAUUGCAGCUGUCUUCCUGCUUGCUAUUUUCUGGAAGAGAGUCAAUGAGCCAGGAGCCUUCUGGGGACUGAUCCUAGGAUUUCUGGUUGGGAUUUCACGUAUGAUUACUGAGUUUGCUUAUGGAACCGGGAGCUGCGUAGAGCCCAGCAACUGUCCCACGAUUAUCUGUGGGGUGCACUACUUGUACUUUGCCAUUAUCCUCUUUGCCAUUUCUGUCAUCACCAUCGUGGUCAUCUCCCUCCUCACCAAACCCAUUCCGGACGUGCAUCUCUACCGUCUGUGUUGGAGCCUGCGCAACAGCAAAGAGGAGCGUAUUGACCUGGAUGCAGAAGAGAACAUCCAAGAAGUCCCUAAGGAGACCAUUGAAAUAGACACAGAAGUUCCUGAGAAGAAAAAAGGAUUCUUCAGGAGAGCCUAUGACCUAUUUUGUGGGCUGGAGCAGCAGAGUGCACCCAAGAUGACUGAGGAAGAGGAGAAAGCCAUGAAGAUGAAGAUGACGGACACCUCUGAGAAGCCUUUGUGGAGGACAGUGACGAAUGUCAAUGGCAUCAUCCUGCUGACCGUGGCUGUCUUUUGUCAUGCAUAUUUUGCUUGAGUCCUACCUUUUGCUGUAGAUUCACCAUGGCUGGACUCUUCCUCACCUCCCUUUAGUCUCGUCCUGUGGUGUUGAAGGGAAACCAGCCAGUUGUAAAUUUUGCCCAGGUGGAUAAAUGUGUACAUGUGUAAUUAUAGGCUAGCUAGAAGAAAA